AUGGACCACAACACUACCCUUGCACUCGAGGCGACACCUGAGAUGGCCUUCGCCAAUCGCAAUGAGGCCAUCAAGAUUGUCAUCGGCAUCCUCAGCCCCGCCGUUGCUUCUGAAACUGCCAGCUUCAUGGUUGAUGCCACACUUCAGCUCUGCCCAGAGUCCAUGCGAGGUCGUCCCAGAACCCCGGCCGCGACCAGCCUGCGGGAGCACCACCUCACCGUUCUGAUGACCCAGGUCGCCAGAGCCUAUGCGGAGGGCCGAGGCCAGGACUUUGCGGACAGUCGCUUCGCCAUAAACAAUCUCCUACAGGAGGAGCCCGAGCACCAGCCACUCGCCGCACGCUUCCGCGCACUCAUGGGGCUGUGGCUUCAGGGUGCACACAACAAGCGGCAGCAGGAGGAGUUUGAGAGGAGGCAGAAGAGGCAGCGUGACGAGGAGGAGGAGAGGGAGAUGAAGGAGUUGCAGGAAGGCAAGGCCAAGGACAACGAGGAGAGUGACGGCGAGGAGGCCGUCAAGGCCGUCAAGACCAGCGCAAAGAGCCCUUCUUCUACUGCUUCCGCGGACAGCCAGCGUGUCUCGAAGGACGGCGACGAGGUGGAAGGCUCCUCCGCCGCCGCCCGCACCAAGACCGUGUUCGAUUUGUCCGGUCUGAUCGACACCGACGAGAACGAAUCCAGCAGCGAUGAUGAUGAGACUUCUAGCGACGAGGAGUAG